AUGUUCCACUUCUUCCCGCGCUCCUCUAGCUCUUCUGCCUCCUCCAGCUCCUCCUCGGGCCCCGGCAACAUGGAGUCGAAAAGCCGUUUUCGACUCUUCAGACGUCGGUCGCAGGAUGACAAACAAGAUCCUGUCUCGGAGGACUUUGACGAGCUGUCCCUCCCUGACCCGUAUCCGAGCUUUUCCUCAGCACCCCAGUUCAUCGAUCGGCCAGAAAUCGUCGACCGUCCAGAAGACGUCCAAGAGGCGCUCGCACGCCUGCGGGAUACACCCUACUCAACUUCCACGCACUCCUUACGACACUAUCCGCGAGUGAUGCUCGCGCCUUCUGCCUUGUCUCCUCCCCUGCGCACUUCUUUUACCUCUUCGUCAGGCUCCUCAUGGCCCUCGUCAUCUGCUUCAUCUUUCACACCCAGGCAGGGUUGGCGCUCGUACGACUUUGAGGGGGAGGACGAGGAGGAGCUGAAACCCCCUAGACGACAUUGGUCAGACCCAGGCCACUCCUCACACCAACGCAAGAGGUCCAGCCCAUCCGCCUCUCGCAUGUCCUACCCAGCAUUAAGUACCCACCCGUCCCACCCGUCCCGCCCAACGCGGGUCUCUUCCCUAUCACCUCGCUCACGUGCUCUUCCUAAGCCUCGUCUUCCGGCCGCCAGUUCCAUAUCAUCAACUUCGUCCACAUCAUCCGUGUUCGUUCAACACCAAGAACCUCUCGAUUUUCUUUUGCCAGAGGAGAGGUUCGCCCUCCGGAGACGACACGACGACGCAACAUUGGGAAUCUCGCCCUGGGAACCGCCUGUCAGGCAUGGGCCUGGGAGGAGAGGGAACUAUUAUUUCCAAUGA